GGAAGGUCGUCGUUUCUUCAAGCGCUGCGUUUCGAUUUUGUUUUCCUCUUCGGUGUUUUAAACCCAAAACCACCCUCUUUUUCUAGAACUCACUGCACAGUGACCAUCAACAAUGGAGGAGCCAAUUCGGAAAGGAACAGUGACGUCACUCUCGUCAAUGUUUCCCGCCGAAGACGCGCAGAAAGCAACGAAGCGUGUGCAUGAUGCUAUUACUGAGAAGCAACAGGAGCUCGAAAGAGUUAAAGAAUUCAUCGCCGACAACACAAACCUCAUCAACCUCGUGCAGAAACUUCCAGAAGAACUCCACCACGAUAUCAUGGUUCCAUUUGGGAAAGCGGCGUUUUUCCCUGGACGUCUGAUACACACCAAUGAACUUCUGGUUCUUUUGGGAGAAGGGUAUUAUGCUGAGAGAACAUCAAAGCAAGCUGUUGACAUUUUGAAGAGACGAGGGAAGGAUUUGGAAUCACAAGCUGAUUCUCUUAAGGCUAUGAUGAAGGACCUUCAAGCAGAGGCUUCAUUCUUCGAUGCAACUGCUUCUGAAGCAGCAGAGGGUCUUGUAGAGAUAAGGGAGGAAUAUAUGGAGGAAAUAUCUGAAAGGACAUCUGAAUCAGGUCUACCAAAACAAGACUCUAGUGUCUCUGAAACAAACAACUCUAAAGAUGAAGAUGAAGAAUAUGCUCGCAUUUUGUCCAGGCUGGAUGAGCUUGAGCUUGAAGAACUUGCUGCUGAAAGUGGCAAUUGGGGUGAUGAUGGUAAACAAAGUAAAAUUGCUGAAGAUGACAGUGAAAGUGAUGAAGACGAGCAAGCGAAAGCUGAUUUUGAUCCAUUUCCAGAUCAGAGUUUGUUUGACCAUAAUCUUGGUCAUCCACAGGACUUUAUCUCAAGUAAACCACCCCAGCAGGUGAAAGAUAAAAUUACCACCUCUGAACUGUUCUCUAAUGAUCAUUACCAGCAGAAUUUUACUGAUCAUUCUUGUUCAGGAUUGACAGGGCAGGCUGUACCAAAAGAUGCUGUGUCACAUGGCAAAGCUUUAGCACACAGUGCAAAAUCCAUUUCUGCUGAGAAGUCUUUACUGCUUCCUGAAGCAACUGGGAAUGUUGGAGCAGUGCCUUCAUUAAGGAAGGAGGUGUCUGCCCAGACUUCCAAAUCAGGAUUUGACAGUAGCAAGGCCUUUACAGGCUCUAUUGUAGAGCACACUCAUAAUAUACAUACAAGUACAGAGAAGCCUUCUGGCACCCAACCUUCAAAGCCGGUUUCCAAAUUUAAGAUGCAGAGGAAGUAGCUGUGCAUGUCUUAAAAUAUGGGGGAGGUGUGGGGUUUAUACUUGUAUUUUGGACUGGUAGAAUGUCUUACAUCCACUAUCGGAACAAAUUGUUCUGAACAAUUUUUUAUUGAAAAAUGCUCUUUUAUACUGACA